CUGGCCAGGGGCUCGCACCCCGCGCACUGCGUGCUCUUCCUGGCGCUGCUCGUGGUCACCAACGUACGCUCGCUGCAGGUGCCCCAGCUGCAGCAAGUCGGCCAGUUGGCGCUGCUCUUCAGCCUCACCUUCGCGCUGCUGUGCUGCCCCUUCGCGCUCGGCCGCCCCGCGGGGAGCCACGCCGGCGCGGCUUCGGGGCCGGCGACCGCCGACCAGGGCAUGUGGCAGCUCCUGCUGGUCACCUUCGUGUCCUAUGCCCUGCUGCCCGUGCGCAGCCUUCUGGCCAUCGGCUUCGGGCUCGUGGUGGCCGCCUCGCACUUGCUGGUCACAGCCACCUUGGUACCCGCCAAGCGCCCGCGUCUCUGGAGGACGCUUGGUGCCAAUGCCCUGCUCUUCCUCAGUGUGAACAUGUACGGGGUCUUCGUGCGGGUCCUGGCCGAGCGCUCCCAGCGGAAAGCCUUCCUGCAGGCCCGGAACUGCAUCGAAGAUCGGCUGAGGCUGGAGGACGAAAAUGAGAAGCAGGAGCGGCUGCUCAUGAGCCUUCUGCCCCGGAAUGUUGCCAUGGAGAUGAAGGAGGAAUUUUCGGAGUUGCCACAGCGAAUUAUCCACUUUUCACCUAGGCCUUUCUCUUGCAGCAUCCUCUUCGCGGACAUCGUGGGCUUCACGGGGCUGGCAUCGCAGUGCACGGCCCAGGAGCUGGUCAAGCUCCUCAAUGAGCUCUUCGGCAAGUUUGACGAACUGGCCACGGAGAAUCACUGUCGCCGUAUCAAGAUCCUCGGGGACUGUUAUUACUGCGUGUCUGGCCUCACCCAGCCCAAGACCGACCACGCCCACUGCUGCGUGGAGAUGGGCUUGGACAUGAUUGACACCAUCACGUCUGUGGCCGAGGCCACCGAGGUGGACCUGAACAUGCGCGUGGGGCUGCACACAGGCAGGGUCCUCUGCGGGGUCCUGGGCCUACGCAAGUGGCAGUAUGACGUGUGGUCCAAUGAUGUGACCCUGGCCAACGUCAUGGAGGCGGCUGGCCUGCCCGGGAAGGUCCACAUCACGAAGACGACCCUGGCAUGCCUGAACGGGGACUACGAGGUGGAGCCGGGUCAUGGACACGAGAGGAACAGUUUUCUGAAAGCUCACAACAUUGAGACUUUCUUCAUUGUGCCAUCGCAUCGGCGGAAGAUAUUUCCAGGGCUGAUCCUCUCUGACAUAAAACCAGCCAAGAGGAUGAAGUUCAAGACUGUGUGCUACCUGCUGGUACAGCUGAUGCACUGUCGGAAGAUGUUCAAGGCGGAAAUCCCCUUCUCCAACGUCCUGACAUGUGAGGACGAUGACAAGCGGAGGGCGCUGAGAACCGCAUCGGAAAAGCUGCGAAACCGCUCAUCCUUCUCCGCGAAUGCCGUCUACACCACCCCGGGCACGCGUGUCAACAGGUACAUCAGCCGCCUUCUAGAAGCGCGCCAGAUGGAGCUGGAGAUGGCGGACCUGGACUUUUUCACCCUCAAGUACAAGCAGGCCGAGCGGGAGCGCAAGUACCACCAGCUCCAGGACGAGUAUUUCACCAGUGCCGUCAUCCUGGCUCUCGUCCUGGCUGCCUUGUUCGGCCUCGUCUACCUGCUCAUCAUCCCGCAGAGCCUGGUCCUCCUGCUGCUGCUGGUCUUCUGUAUCUGCUUCCUGGUGGCCUGUGUCCUGUACCUUCAUGUCACCCGGGUCCAGUGUUUUCCAGGCUGUCUGACGAUUCAGAUCCGCACAGUCUUGUGUAUCUUCGUCGUGGUCUUGAUCUACUCUGUGGCCCAAGGAUGUGUGGUGGGCUGCCUGCCCUGGUCCUGGAGCUCCACACCCAACGGGUCCCUGCUGGUCCUGACGCCGAGUGGCCGGAAUGCUGUGCUGCCCACCGCGCCCUGCGAGUCGGCGCCCCACGCCCUGCUCUGUGGCCUCGUGGGUACCCUCCCGCUGGCCAUCUUCCUGCGGGUGUCCUCCCUGCCCAAAAUGAUCCUGCUCCUCGUGCUCACCACGUCCUACAUCCUGGUCCUGGAGCUCAGUGGCUACACUAGGGUCCCCGGGGGCGGCGCGGCCUCUGGGCGCAGCUUCGAGCCCAUCAUGGCCAUCCUGCUGUUUUCCUGCACCCUGGCCCUGCACGCCCGGCAGGUGGACGUCAAGCUGAGGCUGGACUACCUCUGGGCGGCACAGGCCGAGGAGGAGAGGGACGACAUGGAGAGGGUGAAGCUGGACAACAAGAGGAUUCUCUUCAACCUCCUGCCGGCCCAUGUGGCUCAGCACUUCCUCAUGUCCAACCCCCGGAACAUGGACCUGUACUACCAGUCCUACUCCCAAGUGGGCGUCAUGUUUGCCUCCAUCCCCAACUUUGACGACUUCUACAUCGAGCUGGACGGCAACAACAUGGGGGUGGAGUGUCUGCGUCUCCUGAACGAGAUCAUUGCAGACUUUGACGAGCUCAUGGACAAAGACUUUUACAAGGACUUGGAGAAGAUCAAGACCAUUGGGAGCACCUACAUGGCCGCCGUGGGACUGGCACCCACCACCGGGACCAAGGCCAAGAAGUGCAUCUCCUCUCACCUGAGCACCCUGGCGGACUUCGCCAUCGAGAUGUUUGACGUCCUGGACGAAAUCAACUACCAGUCUUACAACGACUUUGUGCUCCGAGUGGGCAUCAACGUCGGCCCUGUGGUGGCCGGGGUGAUUGGGGCUCGGAGGCCGCAGUACGACAUCUGGGGAAACACGGUCAACGUGGCCAGUCGGAUGGACAGCACCGGCGUCCAGGGCAGAAUCCAGGUGACCGAGGAGGUUCACCGGCUGCUGCGCAGUGGGACCUACCGCUUUGUAUGCCGCGGGAAGGUCAGCGUCAAGGGCAAGGGUGAGAUGCUGACAUACUUCCUGGAAGGCAGGACGGAUGGAGAUGGCUCCCAAGGCAGGGAGCGGAAAAUUUGUGGCUAUGGGCGAGCUGGCCUCCAGAGCAGACUGGGCACAGGCCUACCCCCGGUGUCCCCCAUGGCCGGCCUCCCGGUCAGAGCCGGGCUGGGGGCUCUGCAGGGCUCAGGGCUCCCCCCGGGUCCCCAUGGCCAGCACUUGCCCCCCGGAGCAGCUGGGAAGGAGGCUUAGCAGAGCCCACGCUGGCCGCUGAGGGCUCAGGGCACCAAUGCACGGGGUAUCUGGGCCUCGGGGGCCCGGCUGCUGGCAGGGCUGCCGAAGGGGAGCCGUCCAGCAUGACCCGAAGCGGCCAGGCAGUGAUGGGCUGGGGCAGCUCUCCCCUAGUGGAUGCUGAGGUUUUCACGGGACCGUGCUCGCUCAGUCCCCUCCUCGGUGGCAGAGAAGGGGCAGCUGCCUGGGAGCAGCCGGCUCAGCAGCUGGCUCUGGGACCUUCAGAACAUCCUGGGGGGGCCGCGGCCUUCCGUUCAGCGGCAGCUGUGGGGUGUGGCUGGCAGGGUGUGAGUGCGAGGCAACCCCAGGCAGAUGCCCUUGAAUCCUGCGUGGUGGGGCCUGCGUGGCCAGAAGCCAGGCCUCGCUCGGCAGGGCCAUGAGGGCAGGAACUGGCCCGGAUGGCUGGGCCCUCGAUGGGCGGCUUUUGGGGAGAACGAAGCCACUGCCUCACAACGCAGGUGGUGGGGCCGCCUCCUUGCUGAGAGCCAGAGGCGGGUCUUCUGGAACUCACAGGCCCCGAGCUGUGUCUCUGCGUCCAGCAUCCUUGCCGCUCUGCUCUGCGCUGUCCCUCGGUCCCCCGAUGGCAUUGUCUCCUAUGGACCUAACCCUGCCAUCACUGUGCCCGUCGCCACGGGCUCCCAUACUCACAACAGCACGAGCCUGCGUGGAUUUCGAAACCAGCGACCCUCACAAUCCAGAGAAAGCCUCCCGGGCACCCAGACCUGGAGUCUCGGAGUGAGUUUGGGGCAGGUGCAGACCGAGGACGCCCAGGAUGUGCUGCUGGGGCACAGGGCGGUGGCAGGGGGAAAGGAUGGGCCACAAAUACCUGGAUGAGGCAUUGGGGGGCCUCAGCUCUGACCGUAGGGGGAAGGCUGUUUAGCACGGGAGGGGGAUCUGGGCAGACAAGUUGGGGGACCACAGCCUGACCUGCAGCUCCAGUACACGGUGUGGGGUGCCCUGGGGAGAGCCCCAUGCCAGCCGAGGCCAAUGAAUGGGCCUGGGGGGUCCUGCUCCCUGGGGGAUGUCUUCAGGCUGCUCCCACUGUAGGCCUGUGAGGCACGGUGUGCUCUGUGGGGGAGCUCGACCCUGCCCAUGUGUGUUGCCAGGCGCGGAGGGCCCCACGGGGCAGCCAGUGCGGUCAGCCACCAGGCUGUGUGGGGACAGGACAGCAGUCCACGGCCUCCCUCCUGAGAACAACAAGCUCUUUGCUAGGCCAGCAACAGCCACCGGUACAUCGAGGGUCUCAGUGGCCCAGCCACCCCAGCCAGCCCAUAUUUAGAGGUCAUGGCAUGAUUCCUUCAGGAGAAACCGAGUCAUCUUAAGAGUGCUGUGAGCACGUGGCCAUGUGCCCCACUGGAGGGUUGAGGACCUGGCCCAACUUCCACCCAGAGCAGGCCGGGGGCCGGGGGAAUGGGGGAUGGCAUGUGGCCUGACCCGUGAAUGUGCUGUCACACGGCAAAGGGGGCUUCCCAGGAAUGGAGGGUACGGGCCUUCAGCCGGGGCUGGGCCUGCGUUCCCCGGUGGCUUCAGCAGGACCGAAUGUCCCCUCGAAGUGGACGCAGAGGCAGGACGGUCAGGAUGGUCAGGACGGCAAGAGCAUGAGGUGGUUGUUUAAAGCUUCGGUCCCGGCCCUCAGGCAGCAGAGAUGGGCUGGUCACACUCACAGACACACAUGGCAGAUUCCGUGUCCCCCCGAGCCAUCUGGACACAGGUGGACACCCAUGAGACUCUCAGCAGCGCCCCCAGCCUGGCCGGGCCCGGACCCAGGGUCCACAGAAUCAGGAGCUCCGGAGCCCCACCAUGCGCUGCUGCCUGUAAGCCGGCCACUACAGCCACCGCUGGCGGCAAGGGCCCCGGCUCCACAAGCAAGUGGCCUCAUGACUCCCUGGGGCACGGGGGCUGGUGCAGCCUCGGCAGUGGGGUGUGUGACGUCUUCCUCCGUGUUUGGGAAGGGACUGUGUGGUUUUGCCUUAUUUAUUUGUACUCGUGUACAGCAAUCGGACAAACAUUCGCCUUUCGAGUGGGGUCUUCUCUGAAUUAUUUGAGAUGCUCUGUAAAUAGCACACCAUUUCCUGCAGCAUCCGUUCGCUCCUGCUGGAAAAUGAGGACAGCCGCCACCCGUGCGGAUGUCACCCUUUACCCAGAUGUGUGAUGUCACCCUUUAACCAGAUGUGUGAUGUGCCAUGUCCUCCAAGGCCCUGUGCCCCUGCUUGGGGGAAGCCAAGCCCUGUUUGGGAGGCACUUUGGGGGUGUCCCUUGGUGUCCCUCCACCCCGUGUGCUGCUUACACCCAACCUCAGUAGACUAGAAAGCAGCCCCAAACUUCCAGAUGCUUCCACGGACCAUGGAACUGGGUGGUCCACUCCUUGGGGCCUGUGUCCUGCAGGACGGAGCCCCCCACAGACCAGGCCCCCUGAGCCUGCACGUUUAUGAAACUCCAAAGCCACCAGCGCUUCCAGACACCUUCUGUCACUAGAAGCAAUAACAACUCGAACAUGGGAACCAAGCCCGGUGCAGAGCCGACCGUUAACCGAGACACAAGCCAUUGCACGCGUGUGCCCGAGCCAAGCCAUGCUGUGGGGGGCUCACACCCAUACAGCCCCCCCAGUCCUCCCUCCAGACCCAGUUCAGGCUCCCCUGUGGGCUUUGCUGUCAGUGCCCCAGGCACAGGGAGCGGAGGGAGACAGGAAGGGCAGGCCUGGGUGUGUGCACAUCUGUGACUCUCCUUACCCUGUCCCCCUGCCUGUCCUCCCUGGUCAGCCUGGGUGACACAUAGGCUUUGUGCUCAGAGAGGACCCAGCCAGCCUGCAGAGGCACAUACCCUGGGUCACCCGAGGCACCAUGCUGGGCCCAGUCAUCAGCCUGGACAUUCCAAGCCCCUGCUUUGUCCUGCCCAAGAAGGAAGGGUCCAGCUGGCCUCAUGCUUCCUUGCCCUAGUCAGGCGAACCUGUCUCCAUCCCAGUGUGUGCCAUGUCCCUGUGAUUCUCUGAGUCAGGGUGCCUGCUGGGCCCUCCCUGGGAGGCAGGCCCCACCCACCCCACAGGUGCUCCCCUCCCCCCACCACGGGCACUGAGCAGUUCCCUGACCAGCUGGGUCACAGCCGCACCACUGGCCUGUGGCAUUCUGAAGCAUGUGCAGGCCUGUUGGCUGUAUGGAAAGUCACCCCUGGAAACUGACUUGGGCCUGAUUUUGUAGCGGCUUCGAUUAAAAACAGGUAACAAAACAACAAAAAGUCAACCUCAGAAGCUGUUGGUUUUAAAACGUUUGGUUUGGUGACAUAAGUAAGGGGCAGGUGUGGUGGGCUGGAAGCAGAGGGCGUGGCCGUGUCCUGGGGCCAGGACAUCCUGCCUGCCCAGCUGCCUUUGCUUUGAAAACUCACUGAGGGAGGGAAGCUUGAGCCCCACCCCCUCUGAGGGGAUGUGGGAAACACGUGGGAGUCUAAGGAGUCUACUCCCACCUGCAUGUCCGGCCAGGAUGGACUCAGGAGGUGUGGGGUCAGCGCCGACAGCUGGUCCCGGGGAGUGCCCGCUGCAGUGCACCCUGUCGCAGCCCCAGGCCCCGUGCUCUUGGGCGCUCCCGGGGGCCCGGCUCAAGGCCGGCUGCUGUCUGUGUGGACCCAUAGGCAGGUCCUGUGGCACCCAGGGAUGCGUGGCACCUGCUGGUCCAGCUCAUGGGAGUACAUGUGACUGCAGGGGCCACACGUGGGGACGAGGGCUGCCUAAACAGCUUUGUGAUACCGACUCCUACAUUUGCAUUUCGUAAUUCCCUGCAUAUGUAGCCCAUCUGCUCCUCGUCAGAUGUGUUCAUAUAGUUAAACCAUGACUGCUGGGCUGCAGCCACCGUGUGCUCACAUUGGCACAUGUGUGCAUGUAUAUGCUCAAGUGUGCACGUUCCUGCGUGGGUGUGAAAUGUGCCUGUGCACAUACGUGUGUGUGCAUGUGUUUUCCUGAAUGGGCAUGGAAUGUGAUGCAUGUGUGCACACGUGUGCACGUGUUUAUGGGUGAGUGCAUGUGCGUGCAUGCACGCCCAUGCAUGGGUGUGAAAUGUGUGUGCACGCAUGUUCCUGCAUGGGUGUGAAGCGUGCAUGCGUGUGCACAUGUGCAUGUACCUGCAUAGGUAUGAAGUGUGUGCAUGUGUGCAUGCACACACAUGCACAUGUGUGUUCUUGAAUGAGUAUGGACUUGUGUAUGUGCUCUGUAUGUGUGUAUGUGCACACACAAUCUGGCAUAAGCAAAAUACAAGCCAGUCGCGUGUACCUGGGCCUAGGAUGGAUUCACAAAGACUGGACUGACUUGGGGGCAGCCAGCCCGCCCCUGGGCAUCUGGUGGGCCUGGCCCUGCAUGCCCUGCCUUGAUUUCCCUUAGAAAUCCAGAGUGUGAGAGGAGAGAGGAGGAGCAGAGCAGCCAUGACCCCUGCGCAGUGCCUGUCUCCAGCGGGGGACAGGAGCAGAGUGUUUCUUCCUGAAAUUUCUGGAACCUUCCAUCUGCCAUGUCCAGGCAGAAGCCCAGGGCUGCCGAGGCAGCAAAUCGCCCCAUGUUUCCUUGUUCGAUGGGGCUUUCUGUGUUGGGUUGUUGGGCUCCUUGUGCAUGGAGGCCGUGGAGGGAGCUGUGGGUGCAGGCGUGGGCACAGGCAUCCUGGGUGAGGCACUGGUGGGGAGCAGGGCACUUGCCCGGCCUCCCGGCUCCAUGGCCAGGUGCCCUGACAUCGGCUGCCCCGCUGCCGAGCAGACAGACGUCCACGCACAGGGUCCUCUUGGGUGACGUUCUCAGUUGUCAAUGCGCCGGACACGGGGGCGGCCAUGCCCAGUGAGUGAGGGCGUUCUGGACACAACCCUCAAUUCCUGGAUGCCAUCCGCGCAUUCCUCCCCACGCACCACUGGAUUCUGUAGUUUCUGCACUGGUAACCGUGGGAGAGGCUGGGGUGAAAACCCAUCUGGACUUCACCGCAUGCUCACAGAGGAAAGAAACCCCAUCUCCUUGGGGGCUCUCAGGGCCCCUUCCCCAAGCUGCGCCCACUGAUCGCCACGCAGGUGUGGUUAUGGCCCCCACAGUGUUGUCAGGCAUCUGGGGCUCAGAGAGGUUAUUGGCUUGAGCAACGUCACACAGUGCAGAGGGGCAGGGCCUGUCUGUCCUGAGCCCUUGGUUUUCCAUCACUGCCCAACCCAGCCCCACCCCCACCCCCGGCUCUUUGCUGACACUGCUGAUUCGGAUGGGGCUAUCCGUGGCUGUGUCCUGGGCACGCGUCAGCCUCACCUGGCUACCCUGCUCGCUCAGCAGAGCGUUGUGUGUCCUUCAGCAGCUGACCUGCACCCCCGGUCACUCCAGCCUAGCCUGAGGAAUCCCGACUCCACCCCUUUCUGUCCUACAUCUGUUGUGGUGUCUGCCUGUCCCAUACUGAGAAAACACAGGUCCUCCUCCUCUAGCAGGGGGGACACCUGCCCAUGUCUUCCUGCAAGGCCUCUCUGGAUGGGGGCUCCCAGAAACCCUCAGACGACACAUGCCUCCCCAUGUACACACAGCCAAGUGGCCCCAAGUCCUGGACAGAGAUGGCGUGAACACUGGAAGGCCGUCUCCACUGCGUCCUGCUCGGUGGUACAGCCAUGCAGUGCCUCACCCUCCUGGCUGCGUGGGGCGGCCGGGGUCCCUCCUGUAGGUCUGAGGAUGGCCAAAGGCAGGUUUCCCCAGGGACGCGUGGAAGGCAAGACAGGGAUGGGGGGAGGGGGUGAGGAGCCAGCAGCCACAGGGCGCUGGGGUCCCCAGCCUCCGGGUCCGACUCCUUUGGCUUCCGGGCAGCUGGGAGGCACACAGGUUGCACCACCUGCUGGGGACAGAUGUGUAAACAGGGAAGCCAUCUUAGAUCAGUCUGCUGAGGCCUGGCCGACUGCUCGGGCUCACAAGUCGUGGGCAGCGUGCAGGAUGGCCUGUGGCAAUAGCCCCUCCGAACGCCACGUCUGUGCACUCUCAUCCCCCACGGCGCGGGCCACGAGCAGCCAGAACUCGAGUCUCACCUCCCACCAGCAGCCCCAGCCAACCCCAGGCCCUAGACACAAAGCACACAUCUCGGGACCGUCCCCCAGCCAUGGGGAGCCUGAGGAAGUCUGCCGCAUCUCUUGCACACCCCAGCGUGCCACCCCCCAAUCGUCAGUCCUUCAGGGCCCCGCGGUCUUGCCUUCACCCUGUACAAAGUGUGGGCCCGCAAGCCACGUGCACUCAGAAUUGCAUGCCGUGAAGCCCCCAUGUGUGUGAAACCCACUUUGAACUGGAAACCACGCAGCAUGCACGGAGGGAUGGGCCUGUCUCGGGCUGUCUGCCGGCUGGCCGCAGAGCGUCCCCGCGACACAGUGCACCCUGGGGCCCAUGCCCGGGUGGCCAGUGCCCACACUGAUUACGCAGCGUGUCCCAGCCCAGCCGCCCCUCCUCCCCACUCCCCUCUUCCCGGCUGCACGAUUGCACACCCCCCCUGCACAAGGAAGGUAACAAGUGACCGCCACCACUUUACAGUAGUUUCCGUUCCCACUGACGGUCAACCCAAAGCCCACCCUGGGGUUUUCCUGAGUCGCUGAGAAAGGUGGUGUGAGCCCCGCACCCUUCCGUGUCCAGCCAGCCGUGGCCGUGUCCCACCACGGAAGGCAGGGUGGGUGGGCAGGGGACACGCUCUCCACCCACGAGCUCACCUGAGAACAGUUCAGACAGAGCCAGGUGACGGGGUCGGAGUGACGCCGGCUCUCGGUCCCUGGGUCCCUUCUGUCGAUAGAUUUGUAUAAUCAAUACGGGUCUAUUUUUACGUCAGCCCCACACUGUACCUUCCGGUCUUUUCCAAGAUUGUUAACCGAGACAAAGAACUGAGUAUUUGGUCCUAUUUUUAUUAACAAAAGAGGUGAACAGACUGAAAAGUAAUGUGAAUGUACAUUUCUUAAAUGCGACUUUUCUACGGGGUGUUUGCACUACACUUUCUGGAAUCUUAUUUAACAAAAAUAAAGGAAAAAAUUGCUUGACUAAA